CAAGCACCAAGAUAUACUGACCGGCGCCGCGGCUGGGCUGCGCCGCACGGCGGGAUGGUCGACGCCGUCGACGUCGAUUUAGCUACUCGACGCUCAUGCAGCGUGUCCUUCCCAAGUCCCGGUGCUCCCGCUUUGAUAUCAUAGUGCACUGUAUACAACACAACCGGAAAUGACUGUCAAAGCGUGGAACCGACUGAGUGCCAGUGUAUAAAGCAGCGCCGCCCGUCCACAUCCGUCAUCUAUACCCUCAACUGAUUCUCCCUUCUUCACGAUGACCAUCUCAGCUGCAUACCAAGAAGGUACUGAAGAACUAACGGUGACGUUCCAGCCACCACUGUUUCUCCAAAGACGCGGAUGGGUAUUCGAUGUACUUCGCAGAGAAGGGGUUAGGGAGAUUCUAGACGUCGGCUGUGGUGAAGGAUCGCUCAUAUCGUGUGCAUGCAACCCUGCGCCGUGGCUUCCACCACCGCUACCAUCGAUCCUCGAGACCUUCGCCACAACGCGUGCCGAGUCGUCUGCUACCGCUUCAAGCAUCAACGACCACGGCACUCUUACUGAAGCGUCAUCACAUCUGCUUCCCGAGCCCGUCCGGGAGGACUUCUUACACCCCACCAAGGUCAUCGGCCUGGACAUCUCAGCGGCUGACCUAGAAUAUGCGGCAGAGGACAGCGCCCCAAGCGACAGCCGCACACGCUGGGAGCCACUGGAGGUUCAGAUCUGGGAAGGUGGGCUGGAGGUAGUCAAUCCAGCGUUCGUGGGCAUCGAGUGCAUCGUCGCGACCGAAGUCAUCGAGCACCUCCCGGAAGACGUUCUCCCGCAAUUCGCACCAGUACUCCUCGGCGCAUAUCAACCUCGCUUCUUCCUCAUCACCACCCCCUCCUACACCUUCAACGCGCGCUUCACCGCGCCCGAUGCCCCACGCACUGCCCGCUCCGGCUAUCCCGACCCCACCAAGCGGACCAGCCGCAUAUUCCGGCACCACGACCACAAGUUCGAGUGGACGCCGCAGGAGUUCGCCGAGUGGUGCGCGACGGUGGCAGAUGAAUGGGACUACGACGUCGAGGUGGGCGGUGUCGGUAGAGCCGUGGAGAAGGAUGAGUGGGGCAGAGACGACGCCUUGGGGUAUGCGAGCCAGGUUGCCGCGUUCACGCGAAGAGAUGGUGAGGGGCGGGCUGAAGAGAGACAGUCGCACUUUCGGCGGAUGCGGGAGGUCCAAGCAUGCGCAGAGAAUCAGCAUACACUCUUGGUCACUCACCAGCAUCUCGCGCACGAGAAGGCUCGCCAGCCGUUGCCGCCGCACGAAACAGGCGAGAUCAUCAAGCGCACGAUGAUUGGCACUCGGCAAAGCCCAAUACAGCUCGGUGACUUGUGGUGGGAGGAGAGCGUCGCGGCUGCCUGCGGAGGAUGGACAGAGCUCAUGGUUGCUGCUAUUGCACAGCACGCUGACCUACGGCUGGAGGCAUCCGAGCACAUACCUGUGACUGAAUGGAGCGCAGAGCUGACAGAGGGCCUUCCGGAAGACGAGUCACAGCAAAUGGGCGAGGUGUCGCCGUAUCUGUCGGCAAGCUCGGACGAGUCGGAGGAACCAAUUACUCCGUUGGAAGACGACGACCAACCGCCGGAGGAUGUGCCGCAUCAUGAACACAAACUCAUAGAUCCAUGGCCACAUAGCAAUAGUGAGAACGUCUGGGAUGCGCAGAGCGAAGGACGAGAUUGGAGUGGCGGAGGAAGCGGUUGGGGUGGUAGUUGGACGACGACGGACAGUGAUGCCGCGACGUAGUAGCCUUCAUUGCAGAAUAGCAUGCAAGCGAUGUGGUAUUACGACGGCAGAUAUAAAUAAUACAAUCGGAGCUCCUGUGCAACUGUGAGCGUAAGAAAUGCUUUGCAGAAGUGAGGGACGCACCGAACUCAGCCUCAGAAGCCCACCACCUCAGAUCUCGUUGCCCACCGUCUUCCGUGGUCCUAGAUGAUUGCACCGUCACUCGUCUCGUCAGUAGGGUAAGUAGCACACAGACUCACUCUCUAGGGGGUACACCUGCGCGAGAUAUGUCACUGCCCACAUCAAGUAGCAGCACAUCAGCGCGAGCAUGAGACUCGUCCGGAUGAGUGUCUGGUUUGGGCCCUUUGGCGU